ACAUGGUAGAACUUGUGCGGCGGAGUCCUAGACAGCCCUGAAAAAGCAAACUACUUCAGCUGCAAGCAAUAGACCACACAGUUUGUUUAUCAGUCCUUCUGUGGAUGGGCAUUUGCGUUGCUUCCAGUCUGAAGCUAUUAUGAGUAAAGCUGCUAUAAGUGCUCCUGGUUGUGUGUUUUAGUGGCCACUGACACUCCUUUCUGUUGGGAAUAAACAUUGCAAAACCCUCCUAAGUGGCCUCUUUGCUGCAGCUGCUGCCUCCUUCUAGUCACUUUCCCAUAUCAAAGCCACAGUGAUCUUUUGAAAACAUAAAUUGGAUCCCUUCCCCACCCUGGCUCAAAAGUACCAUCGGCCUCCCUUCCUGCUUAGAAUAGAGCCCAGAGUCCUCACAAUGGUCCGCAUUUGUUUACUCCCCUCUGCUGGCCCUUCAUCCACUCACCCACCUGUCCACCCACCCCCCAUUUGGUCGUGGGGUGCCUUCAGUGUGCCAAGCUCACUGCCACUUCAGGAUAUGUGCCCUUGCUGUUCCCUCCACCAGAAACACAGUUUCCUCCAAAUCCUCACACGCCCCCCCUUCCCCUUUAUAUAGGUCUUUAUUCAAAUAUUAUCUCUUCAAAGAGAGAUUCUAAAAACGGCCCCCUCUCACCCUCUCUAUCCCUUUAGCCACAUUAUUUUUCUUUCUUGUACCACUGGAAUGUUCGUUCUUUAUUCGUUCUGUCUUCCCUUUCAGCAUGGCUGUCGGCAGUGUCCCACUGCCUAGAGCAGUGCUGCACAUAGUAGGUGCUCAGGAAAUGUUUGUAAAAUGUAUUAAAGACACUAGCUGGGGGGAUUUCCCUGGUGGUUCCGUGGGUUAAGUGUCCAGUGUGGGCACUGCUGUGGCUUGGAUUGGUUGCUGCUGAGGCAUGGGUGCGACCCUUGGUCCAUGGAACUUUCAUGUGUCUCAGGUGAGGCCCAAACCAAACAAAACAGAACAGGAAGGACCCACGCAAGGGAUGGGGUCAUAUGCCUCACCCCUGACAUCAGUGUUCUCUUCAAGCUGGAUCACAGGCCGCGUCCCUCGGCCUAGUACGUCUCACACUCACACUCCAGCCUCCUGGGAUCUUGUGAUGAUGCAGACUCUGAUCAGGAGAUCUUGGUGGGAUCGGAGAUUCUGCAUCAGAGAUUCCUACCAGCUCCCAGGUGAUGCCCAAGCUGUGGGUCCGGGGACCCAGGCUUUGAGCAGGGAGGUCUUAACCGCUCUGAGCCUCCGUUUCCACACCUGUAAAAUGGUUCAUCGUGGAAAACAAGUGGGGAAAGUGUGUCACGCAGAGUGAGUUUCGACUGCCCCUCUCUGGGAGGCUUUCAGGGUCUGAAAGUCAAAAUAGUCACCAGUUUUCUCCCUUUGCUCCUCCCAUCCCUCUGUGCCUAGUCCCUACACAGACCCUCAGCAGAGCCUUGUCCAUUUUAUUUCUCUCCUGCUGGCCAGCCCCACCUGUAACGGGCGGGGGUUUGGAGAGGCAUCUGGCAUUUUGACAAUCGUGGGGACAUUAUGCAAAUGAGAUGCAAAGCAGAAGCUAACGAGCUCUGAUUGCACUGGGGAAUGUGUAGCAUUACUGUGGGACUGGGGAGGGACUGUGAUGCAGGUGGGCGAGGAGGCUGUGACAGAAGGGGUUGGCUUCUCCUGGGGGGCACGAGGGCAGCUGCUCUGCGACCUGGCGCAUGAGCAGCCGCCCUGCUGACUGCCGCUCUACACCCGCCCAUCCCUCGCGGCCACACCAUGUCCAGCUCCUACGACGAGGCCUCGCUAGCUCCGGAGGAGACCACCGACAGCUUCUGGGAGGUGGGGAACUACAAGCGGACGGUGAAGCGCAUCGAUGACGGGCACCGCCUGUGCAACGACCUGAUGAACUGCGUGCAGGAGCGCGCCAAGAUCGAGAAGGCGUAUGCGCAGCAGCUCACGGACUGGGCCAAGCGCUGGCGCCAGCUCAUCGAGAAAGGUCCACAGUAUGGCAGCCUGGAGCGGGCUUGGGGCGCCAUAAUGACAGAGGCAGACAAGGUGAGCGAACUGCACCAGGAGGUGAAGAACAACCUGCUGAACGAGGACCUGGAGAAGGUCAAGAACUGGCAGAAGGAUGCCUAUCACAAGCAGAUCAUGGGCGGCUUCAAGGAGACCAAGGAGGCUGAAGACGGCUUCCGCAAGGCCCAGAAGCCCUGGGCCAAGAAGAUAAAGGAGCUCGAGGCCGCCAAGAAGGCCUACCACCUGGCCUGCAAAGAGGAGAAGCUGGCUGUGACCCGGGAGAUGAACAGCAAGACGGAGCAGUCGGUCACACCCGAGCAGCAGAAGAAGCUGCAGGACAAAGUGGACAAGUGCAAGCAGGAUGUGCAGAAGACACAGGAGAAGUAUGAGAAGGUGCUGGACGACGUGGGCAAGACCACACCCCAGUAUAUGGAGGGCAUGGAGCAGGUGUUUGAACAGUGCCAGCAGUUUGAGGAGAAGCGGCUGGUCUUCCUCAAGGAGGUGCUGCUGGACAUCAAACGUCACCUCAGCCUCGCUGAGAAUAGCAGCUAUGUCCAUGUGUACCGGGAGCUGGAGCAGGCCAUCCGGGGGGCGGACGCCCAGGAAGAUCUCAGAUGGUUCCGCAGCACCAGUGGCCCUGGCAUGCCCAUGAACUGGCCCCAGUUUGAGGAGUGGAACCCAGACCUCCCCCACAGCACCACCAAGAAGGAGAAACAGCCCAAGAAGGCAGAGGGCGGAGCACUGACCAACGCCUCCGGGGUGGUGGAGUCCACGUCCCAGGCUGGAGACCGCGGCAGUGUUAGCAGCUACGACAGGGGCCAGCCCUACGCCACCGAGUGGUCAGACGACGAGACCGGAAACCCAUUCGGGGGCAAUGAGGCCAACGGGGGCUCCAACCCCUUUGAUGACGACGCCAAGGGAGUGCGUGUGCGGGCACUCUACGACUACGAUGGCCAGGAGCAGGAUGAGCUCAGCUUCAAGGCUGGAGAUGAACUCACCAAGCUGGGCGAAGAGGACGAACAGGGUUGGUGCCGCGGGCGGCUGGACAGCGGGCAGCUGGGCCUCUAUCCCGCCAACUACGUGGAGGCCAUCUAGCUGCCCUGCCUGCCCACCGGCUCCCCUCCCUGCCCACUCUCGUCCUCCUGCCCUCACCAUAGAGUUCCAGACAUAUUUUCCGAUCAAGCUUUUAUUUUUUUAAAAGUCAAAACAGAACAAAACAAAAAAUACAAAGAGACAGAGCAUUUGCAGGGCCGCCUGGAGGCCAGGGUGGUGGGACUUGGGGGGGAUGGCCCCAGGGUAGGUGAGGGUCUUAGGACUUAGCCCAACAGUGACAUCGCACAUCACUACACCUUCAGAUCCCACCAAAGAGUCUCCUGAGCCUCGAGGGGUGUCUUCCAGACCCUUCUAUCCUGCUUCUGUCCCCCAGCCCGCCCCUCUCACCCCAGGCUGCCAGCACCUGCCCCACUUCUCUGGCCUGGUUUUCUGACCUCUUCCUCCUGCCCCCCCUUCCCUGCCUCCUACUCAGAGGCCUGCCCUGCAGAGCCUGGAGAAGAGGGCCUCCCUUUUAGUCUUCCACUUUGCCCUGGGGAGAGCCCUUCUCCUAGCCUGCUGGGGCUGGAGGAGGCAUGGUCACCUUCUUCUCCCUGGGGUCCCUAGACUCCCCAAGACAUGAAGAGGGGUCAGCUGGAGUUGGUGACGGUGUCACUGGGGCAUAAGGGGGCGAGUGAAUGGCGAGCAGACCCUUGGCCCUCCCAAGGCCCAGCCAGGCUCAUGGCAGAGGGUCCGACACCCUGCCGGGACCCUUUCCAUCUGUCAGCACAGGCUCUUCCUCUGAGCCAGCCCCCGGCCUCACUUGCAGAGACCCCCCGCCCCCAUCAGGCAGGGGGAGGGGACCCACAGCCCAGGGCAAAGCCAGCAACAGUAGCAGCCGCCUCCUGUUUCCUGGGAAGGAGGGCAUCUUGCCCACACCACCCGCCCUGUCCCUCCAUGUCCAUCUAGAACCAUAGAAUCACUAGUCUAAGGUGGCCUCCCCUCCCUCUGUCCCCUUCUCCCACCUGCCUGGGAGAUACUGUGGGCCCCUGGGAGCUUCCAGCCUGGGACAGGGCAGGGGAAAGCUUGCAGCCAAUGGGAGAGGUGAGGGUUUGCAGGAGGGAGAAGCCCUGGCCCUUGGGAGCAGGACAGUCUCCAGGUCUUUUUUCCUUGUCCCCUCCCCCCACCCCCAGCCCUAGGCCCUGGCAGCCCUUCCUGCUGGCACCCCCUCCAAGCCUGAGUCUCCAUUAAAGGACUUUUGUGGGUGGGAGGAGGCAGAGGGCCUCCCGAGAGCAGGAGGAUUUCCUGUGGUUGGUGAAAGGAAGUGGUGCUGGGUACCCAGGUAUUCGGACCAGGUGCCAACCAGCCCGCCCACAGGAGUGGGUACCUGGGAAGCCAACCCGGGGGCAGGGCACAACCCCAUGGGGAGGGGCAUGGCGGGAAGGGGAGUCUCUCGGGACCUCUGGGGUGAGGCACCAGCCUUCCUGCAGCAGCCAGGGUGAGGCUUGCUCGGGCUGCUGCUGCUUCUCAGCUUCAGGGCUGCAGGCACCGCACCUGCUCCCGCAAGGCCCCCUGGGGCUCUAGGUAGAGACAGUGGGUUGCCCCAGCCCCUCUGUCGGUCUCAGUCCUCAUUUGCUCCCUGCUUUGAGGUCGCAGACCUCAGCCUCAAGGCCCUCCCCCUGUUCACCUGGGGGCAGAAGCUCCUGGCAGGGUUCAGGGGGCUGAGCUGGGGCCGGCCUCCCUCGGGGCCAGGGGAGUUUGGGGUAUGGGGACGAUGGCACCCCCGUCAGGUAAGUCCCCUCCCAGCUCCCCUUUUCUUGUCACCUUCUGCCCUCCGGGCCUCUGCUGCAACCUGAGAUGUGCUGUCAGCAAGAUUUCGGAAGCCCUCAGCCCUCCCAGCUCCAGAAUGAAAGGCUCUUCCGUCUCUCCUCCAGGCCAGAGUCGGGCUGGAGGCUUCUGCCCCUUACCACGUACCUGUGGAGGCAGGAAGCAGCUGCACCUUGGGGCCUGGGCUCCUCUCUCUGUACCAGCGGCUUCUCAGCACCUGGGGAGGGGCCAUGGCCCUGGCUGGACCCCAGGCCUGUCCCCCUCAGCAUUCCAGCUGCCCACUCUGGGGCAGGGACUCGAAAUUCUAUUCCUUCUGAGCAACCACCUCCAUACCCCACCUUGGGAGCACUCCCUCUCGGGACCUGCGGGUGGGAGGUCUCCCAGCCGGAAGUUCCCCUGCGCUCCCUCCCGCCCGCCCCCGGGGCCCAGCCCCACUUGUCAGUGCCCGGGGCCUGCCCACUGCCUCCUGUAGCCCGCCUGACCCCUCGAUGCUGCGCGGCCCGCCCUGCGGGGCUCGGCGAGUACUGUGUUUUGUCCCCAGUUAAGCACCGUUCUGCAGCCCAGCUCUGCAACGAGCCAGGGCUGCCCUGCCGCCCGCCGUCGUCGCCCUAGGCUUCCUGACUCCAUUAGUCCAACACUUGUGAAACUCCGAGAAGUGCUGUGGUCUCAGCAAUGCACCUGUUUUGUAUAUGAUUGUGUAAUUUAAAGGUAUAUAAAUACAAAUAUAUAUAUAUAUAAGUUGUGAUUGUAUGACUGUGGAUAAAAACCAGAACUGUG